AUGACCCCAAAUAUUAAAGCGUUGAUAAAAGCAAGACAGAGAGCAUUUACGAAAGGGGAGACACCGAAGUAUAAAAGUUUACAUGCAAAAGUUACCAAGCUGAUAUCCAACGCUAAAGCUACGUACUACAAAUCCAAGGCUGAAGGCAACCAUCAAUCCAAUCCCGCCAAAUGGUAUAAAACGAUUUACAAGCUAGCGGCAGCAACCGAAAAUCAACAAUCUCUGUCCUCGCCUGACCACGCUGACCAAAUGGAAAUCGCUGACAGACUACAAAGAAGUUUUACUAAGCCUUGGCUAGGAAUUCAACCAGAUCUUUCCAGACUUCAAGCGGUAGAGCAUUUGCUCAAGGACAGCCACCCACCUCUACCAUCCAUUGGCCAAGUCAAAACCGUCCUAAAACACCUAAAUGCUAGGAAAGCCACUGGGUCGGAUAAUAUCCCUGCAUGGUGUCUUAAACGGUACGCAGAAGAAUUAGCACCAGUGGUCCACGAUAUUGUGGUUGCAAGCAUAGUUCAAUGCAAAUAUCCCACCUCCUACAAGCAUGCAAUCAUUAGUCCCAUACCAAAGAUCCGUCCACCCACAGACCUAGAUAAUGACUUCCGCCAAGUUUCCGUGCUACCACAACUAGCAAAAGUUAUGGAGAAGCUACAGCUGCAACUCAAUAAAUCCAGUUUCAAGAUCAAAACAAACCAGCACACCUUAACGAGCGGUCACUCCACCGUGUCUGCCCUUACCUCCAUAUCUCGGAACUGGUUCGACUCAACGGACAACUCCUAA